AUGGAAAGUUUAUUCUCCGACACCUGUUCUUUUUCGUUGGGUUUCAGGUAUGUGUGGGAGUCAAAGGCUGAUGGAGCAUUUGCAGUUUCUGAGGAUGUGUGGAAUGAGUCACUUGGUCGUGGAACGGAAAUCAGAUUGCACCUUAGGGAUGAAGCCGGCGAAUACUUGGAAGAAAACAAAUUAAAGGAACUGGUGAAGAAAUAUUCGGAAUUCAUCAACUUCCCCAUAUAUCUCUGGGCCAGCAAAGAGGUGGAUGUGGAGGUUCCUGCUGAUGAAGAUGAGUCAAGUGAUGAAGAUGAAACAUCUGAAAGCAGCUCCUCUAAGGAAGAAAGGGAAGAUGAAGAUGCUGAGAAAGGAGAAGAUGAGGAAAAACCCAAGACCAAGAAAGUGAAGGAAACAACUUAUGAAUGGGAGCUUUUGAAUGAUGUGAAAGCUAUAUGGUUGCGGAAUCCAAAGGAAGUGACUGACGACGAGUACACCAAAUUCUAUCAGUCACUAUCCAAGGACUUCGGUGAUGAGAAGCCUCUAUCAUGGAGUCACUUUAGUGCAGAAGGUGACGUGGAGUUUAAGGCUGUACUGUUUGUGCCUCCUAAGGCUCCUCAGGAUUUGUAUGAGAGCUACUAUAACAACAACAAAUCCAACUUGAAGUUGUAUGUCAGACGAGUGUUCAUUUCGGAUGAAUUUGAUGAGCUUUUGCCAAAGUAUCUCAACUUCUUGAAGGGUCUUGUCGAUUCCGACACCUUACCUCUAAAUGUAUCACGAGAAAUGCUUCAGCAGCACAGCAGCUUGAAAACGAUAAAGAAGAAAAUCAUCAGGAAGGCCCUUGAUAUGAUCCGCAAGAUUGCUGAUGAGGAUCCUGAUGAAUCUUAUGACAAAGAGAAGAAAGAUGUUGAUGAAUCUGUUGACAAUAAUGAGAAGAAAGGCCAAUACACAAAGUUCUGGAACGAAUUUGGCAAAUCUGUAAAACUUGGUAUUAUAGAGGAUGCAACUAACAGAAACCGCUUGGCGAAACUUCUCAGAUUUGAGAGGUAUUCGACUUGUUCCGCAUAG